GGGUCGCUCCUCCACUCUUCGCAUAGAAAACUUGUUCGAGCCCUAUAUGUUCGAAGCAGCAGGGUAGGAUAGGGCGGAGCCGCCGGUGACCCCGGCGGUGGCGGUGGCAGCGGCAGAGGGGGGCGGCGAGAAUGGCCGCUGGGGCGAGGAGGCGGAGCCGAUGACCCCGGCGGUGGCGGCGGCAGAGGGGGUCGGCGAUGAUGGCCGAUGGGGCGAGGAGGCGGAGCCGAUGACCCUGGCGGCGGCGGCGGCGGAGGGGUCCCAGGGGCUCGAGGACCAACGUCUGAUGCAGCCGUGGUUCCUCGCCGUCAAGAGCUAGAUCGAGCGCACGGCGGUGUAGCCGUCCAGAGGAAGAGGAAGAGCACCCUGCGCCGGUUCGGCCGUGGCGUCACGGAUAGGAGGUCGCCGCCUCGUCGUGCAGCGCGCGAUGGUGGACCGAUGGGCGUCCAAGAGGCAUUUGACCUUGCCGGAUCACGCUGCUGCUGGCGUAAUCCAGUCCGGAUCUGUGGAGAGCCCGGCGCAGCACCGUCUACAGGACACAGGUCCAUAUCUCUUACAGUCUUACUCUACCUUAUUCCUUGUAAGUUCACGGCUUCCAUUGCUCUUCAGUUCUGGUUAGUAGUUGGAAACUGUAAAAGUAUCUGACGAAGCACAUGAGCUUUCCACAGUGGCCAUGUAACUAAAUUCUGAAUGUUGCUUCGUUAUGCUUAAUGGAGCAGGUGGGCAACUCUCUUUUGUCUAAGAUUUUGCAAGUCUGUGAUAUAUGUAUUAUGUAAAACAGGUUAUGACUGAUUCUGCAGUUGUUGAUUCGAUUUUUUUGCUUCCAAUGCUUUGUUAGUUUGAUAAGGGCCGGAGCUUCAAUGAUGAAUCUACUAUCCAGCACACAGCCCAACUCGACAGGCACUAGCCAUGUCAACAGGUACUCAGGGGCAUGCUCGCCUCGGCAGUCAUCAAGGUGGCAAUAGGACACUUGAAUUCUACCAUUUCAGGCGAGAUCAAGCUGCACAGGAAUAUGAGGAACGAUCCGAUCUAGAGAACAUGAAGAUGACGCUGGAGUUGGUGGACGCUGUGCUCCGCGACACAGAGAGGGAGUCUAUCAAGCAUAAGUCCAUGCUUCUGUGGCUGAAGCAACUUAAGGAUGCCGUGAACGACAUCUCUCACAUGCUUGAAGAUUUUGAAGAUGAAACCGACCUCAACUUGGUAUUUGGCAAUGUUGGCUCUUGGGCUGCCCAAUUGAUCACUGAAGCUGGUGGCGAGGUGGUCUCCAUCAGAGAUGUCACAGGGGCUGUCAAGAACUCCAAAUGGCAUUGACGUAGCCAAGCUGAUGAAGCACUCGGCAGAGAACCGCAGGAUCAAGGGCUCCGACAAAAGGCGACGCCGUCGACCCGACCUCGCUGCUCACGGAAGAGUGCGAUGUGCUCAUCCCGGCAGCUCUGGGAGGAGUCAUAAACAAGUAUUCUUCUUCUUCCUCGUCCCAGCAAAGCAAAGUACAUCAUCGAGGCAAAGUACAUCAUCGAGGCUGCUAACCACCCAACAAACCCCGAGGCCGAAGAGAUUCUGGCAAAGAAGGGCGUGCUGAUCCUACCAGACAUCCUAGCCAACUCCGGCGGAGUGAUGGUGAGCUACUUCAAGUGGGUGCAGAACCCCUCACUUCGGAGGAGUGAUGGUGAGCUACUUCAAGUGGGUGCAGAACAUCCAGGGGUUCAUGUGAGACGAGGAGAAGGUGAAUCGGGAGUUCAAGACGUACAUGACCCGCGCCUCAAACAUAGUUCUGAUUAUUUAGGCAGUGUAUGGCACCGUAUAAAAUGGACAGUAAUUAUGUAUAGUAUAUCUUCGAAAACCAGAAUUGGCUCAAUUUGGAACAAUGCCUGCUUUAUAUGAAUUUCUUGCCCA